CCAAUCGUAUACCGUGUACUAUUUCUCAACUACUUCCGCUUGGUAAGCCAAUUAAAUUUUAGAAUAAAAAUCAUUGGAAACACGUUACUAGGGAAGCCAUCAUUGUUUUGGGCAGCUGUGUUGUUGUGCUGUUUACUUUUCUUUGGAGAAAAAAACUGAAUCAUGGCAAAACUAGUCCAGGCACCAACUCGGUUUACCCACCAAGACUGGACCACAUCCAACCUGACAAAGUAUGCCAAUGCAGAGUCAGAAAGGGCAGCAGCCGAAAGGCUGGUUGAUGAAUCAAAGCGUCUUUCAUUGGAAACUGAAAAAAGAACUGAAAAAACCCAAAGGGACGUUAACAAAAAAUUUCAACAACGACUUGAUGACAUCCGCUACUGGAAAGAUGAGUUGGAUGACAAACUAGCAGGUAUCACAACAGAGAUUGACAACCUCCUUGCAUUUAAAACACGUGUAGAAAAAGCUCUGGAGGCUACUCAUGAACCUCUCCACAUUGCUAAGCAGUGCCUCAUGAACAGGGAAAAGCGUCAAGGAAUAGACCUGGUUCACGAUGAUGUACAGAAAGAGCUGAUCAAGGAAGUAGAAGCCAUUGAAGGAGUCCAGGCACUCCUUCAGAGGUCCCUGGAACAAGCCAUUGAACAAAUCAGGCUCAACCGUAAAGCAAAAUUCCAACUAGAGAAGGACCUUAAAGACAAGUUUUCUGUUCUGUCCAUUGAUGAGUACUGUGAACAACUCAAAAACAACUCUCCAAACAUAGACUUCAAGGAGGGUACUGCCAAAAUAGAAGCCAACUCUGUAUCACCUGAGGACUGGCAGGAUUUCUCGCAUGCAAACAUCUUGAAGGCGGAACGAGAGAGACAGAGCUCAGUGGAUCUGCGCUCCCUAGUUGAUGGCAUUCUCCAGCAGACAUGCAACGACAUGCGCAAGCAGUGCAGGGAGGUCAACGUCGCCUUCGAUAAGCGGAUUGCUGAGACCAAGGACACCAAGGGCAAACUGGAGGACCAUCUUAACAAGGUCCUGGCCCAGAUGGCCGAGAUGGAAGAGAACAUUGCUCGCCUACAGAAGGCCAUCAGCGAUAAGGAGCAGCCGAUGAAGCUGGCCCAGACACGGCUGGAUACGCGCACCCAGCGACCAAAUGUGGAGCUCUGCCGCGACCCUGUCCAGUACCGCCUUAUCGAGGAAGUGCAUGAGAUUGAGGGCUCUGUGGCAGGCCUGCAGGCACGACUUGCUGAAGCCGAGGCCUCUCUGAAGGGCCUCAUUCGUAACCAGCUAUCCCUUGAUGAAGACAUCCAGGUCAAGUCCAACACUCUGUUCAUUGAUGAGGUGGAAUGCAUGGGCAUGAGAAAGAGUAUCAAUAUCCAGAGCUUCUAGACUUUGUCAUAAUCAUGAACUGUUUGUUGCAUACACUAUGACUGAAUUUAUUAUUUGGAAAAGUUCAAGAGAAAAUAUACAUAAAUUGUUGUAUAAUUAUUGAAAUAUCUAUUUGUGUCUGCAUGGGUAUUUGUAUUGUGUAAAUGUUUUGUUCUUGGUAGCUUUUUAUGAAAAUAAUGUACACAGAUUGUUUUUUGUAAAAUUAGUUUUGGUUUUUUAAAUUUGUCUCCAUGAGCUUCUUUCCAAACCACUUUGUGUCAUUUGUUGGUAUCACAGACUUGACUACAUAUACAUUUGCAUAUAGGGUUAGAACAUGUGUUUAUAAGGUAUUUAUUUAAUGCAUGAUAUUUAUGUUUUUUCUUCAAAGUAAAGAAAUCUGCACAUAAAUUUCAUCUUUGUUUAGAAACUGCCUAUUUAUCUUUCAUUUCUGUGUUUACUUCUUUUGUGGUAUAGCAUGAAAAUAUAAUUGGUUGAUUUUUUUUUAUCUACUGUGAUCAUUAACAUUUUUGUGUUAAAAUCCAUUUUGGACUUUAUUUAAAGUAUUUGAAAAUCAAAAGUAUUAUAUCUUUGUUUUAUUUUAGAUUUACACUGUUCCACUCUUCUCCAUGACUGACACAGUUUGCCACAUGUAACUGAUGGUCAUUGUUAGAUUAAAUAUGAUGUGAA